GCUAGUGGGGAACUAGACUCCGUCAGGUUUACAACUUCCAACCCAACUGACUCCAAUUUCUCAGUCACGAACUGACUAUACCUUCACGCAAGGUUCUCGCGUACAGCUACGAAAAAUUAUACGAAAUCGAGAGCGCUUGAAAGUUGUCUGCAAAAGGAAGUUUAUGUUUUUAUUGGAUCAAGGAUUUACAGUGUUUUUGUGGAUUUUUUUGGAAAUUGUGAGUGAGAAAUUUUUGUGAAAAUGGAAGUGAAAAGAAUUUUGGUUGUUUUGUGCCUAUGUGUUCUUUUUGGAAGUACCGUUAGCAAAAAAGGCUCUGCAUCUCAGCCAAUCGCUCGUGGCAAAUCUGAGAACUUCGAGGAAAUUUACGGAGAUCUGGCAGAAGAUGAUAUACAAAAUGAUGAUUAUUACGGGGGUGAUUACGAUGAGAAUGCUGAGGAAACAAAUGAACGUGGAGGCGUCGUAGAACAUGUCGAGUUUCAAACACAACCUCAAACAUUUAUUGGAAAUGUCGGAGAUACCAUAAGGAUGCCUUGUUCUGUUUCAAAUACAGAUGUAGUAAAUACUUGGCAAAGAGAUGAGACUUUACUUUAUCACGGUCACUCACCAAUUUCUCCAGAAAAAUAUCCCAACAUACGGGAACUCGAAGUUAACAAUACUUUAGAAGUUAAUAUCAGCAGUAACGCAGAUUUUGGUAACUACGCUUGCGUACUUAUACUCAGCAACAAUCCCAAGGAUAAUCCAAGGAUAGUCCACAGAUUAAUGCAUCCAGUACCUCCAAUAAUUACCGGAAUUGUGACAGACAGUAACAACAGGACUGAAUAUGUUCCUGGUGAGACCCUUAAGAUGACAUGUGUAGCAAGUGGUCUUCCUAAACCAACCAUAUCCUGGCAUAAAGGAAGUGAAAGAUUAGAGGUACAAGGGGAUACUCUCACAAUUCCUAACUUAUCUGAAUCCGAUGAAGGUACUUAUAGAUGUUUGGCUGAUAACGGUCUUCAAAAACCUAGUCACCACCAUAUCGUAAUCCGUAUUUCCCACGCUCCUAGGAUAAAAAUUGGACAAUAUCUAGUGACGGCCAACAAAGAAAAAGAUACCGAACUCGUAUGUACAGUGGAUGCUUAUCCAGCUGUUCAACCUAUUUGGAAGAAAGGAAACGAAAUAUUGAGAACUGAGGAAAACAGAAAAAUCAUAACUAAGAGAAGAGAACAAUACACUGUUGAGAGUAUAUUAGUUAUUUCGAAUUUGACAGAUGAAGAUUUUACAAAUUACACAUGUACCGCUGCAAAUGAAAUGGGGAAAUCUGAACAAGUUGUUAGUUUAAUUAAAAUUCCUGCGGUUAGAGAAUUUAUAAAACCAGAAAAGAGUUACAAAGAUGUCGUUUUGUCGUGGAAAGUUGAAUCAAAAUCGCCAAUUGAAACACAUGAAAUUCAAUACAGGAGAAAAGGAGAAGUAGCGUGGAGAACAGCGGUACCUGAAGUAGUAAAUGGUAAAGAUGAUAUUUACACGGUAAAAUACAUAUUGAAAGAUUUAGAUGUAGGUUCAUACGAAACGAGAAUACGAUCAAAGAACGAACACGGUUGGUCAGAAUUUUCUGAAAUAAUGCCAUUCGAAGGAGUGUUGGCUAAACCCGGCUCAUCAACUCACAAAAAUCACCACAAAAAACACCACAAAGAAAAAGAAUUGAGAGAAAAACAAGACGUCCCAUCCGCACCGCAACAGCAAGAAAUUAGUCAGAAAGAAGCACCCGUAGGAGAAUCAAAACCACCAGGCGGCUCUUCCAUUAAAACUUCAGCUUCUGCAUCUAUUUUGAGUAUAUCAUUGAUCUUCCACUUCUACCUAAGGCAGUGAAGUAACGAACUUCAAACAAUGUACAACCGAAUAUCUUCCAUGCACUGGUAGCUUAAAUACAAGAGAAAAACCAAAGUAUUUGACUAUUCUAGAAUAAGUAAAUUAUGAACUAUUACACUAUAAAAAAUAUUCAAAUCAAAAAACAAAACAAACUCGGGUUUGGAAUUAAACGAUAACAAAACAUUUUACAAGGCAGAAUCUGAAAAUUUCGUUUUUUUUUUCUUUUUUUUUUGAAAACAUAAAGUCACGUUUUUUAUUCUUUAUUUUGAUUGACAUGGUGGCUUUCUUUUUAUUUCCAAACUUUGUAAUUUACCCUUGUAUAUAAUUCCUUUAUUUUGUGUUUAGUUACUUUUUUCUAUAUUUUUCAAUUAUCAUAGAAGUAUGCAGCGCUAAAAACUACUAGCAAAUAGUAAAUGUGCUGUAGUUUUUAGUACGAACUUGUUCUGUGAUUUAGCUGUUAUUUUAAUAGACAGGAUUUAUCUAAGUUUCACAAAAAAUAUUUGUAAAUUGUUAGAUUAAGAAGAAAUAAACAUACUUACUCAACCUAUAAUAAUAUAUUUAGAAAUACAAUUGUUAAAUAUUUAAAAUAUCUUAUACUAUAAUUCAUUUACCCUUUUGGUUUCAAUAUUGACCUAUGAAUUUAAAAAAUCUAAUAUCUGCAAAUAUUUUUUGUAUAAAAUAUAGCCAUAUCAGAAUCAAUAUCAUGAAAUCAAUUUUUCUCUAUAACAAAGUAUUUGUUUAAUUUAUUCUGUAUUGCAAUAUACAUUCCAGAUUGAUUGAGCUUCAAAAUUGAUUGGUUUUAUCUAAAUUUAUAAUAGUCGGCAUCAUUUUUUCAACCAAUAUAACCUUGAAUUCAAAUUAGAAGAUCAAACUCUUCAAGGUAACAGAAUAGAAGGGUACUAAUAACAAUAAUAGACAAAUAACAGUAAUGCAAAUUCUAUUCCAUAACCUUGGUAAUUUACGUCAAAUCAAUGUUGACAUAUAAUUUUAUAUCCCCAUGUAUAAUUUUUUAUUCCCAUUUCAGGAGAAUAGUCUAACUUCAAAUUUAAAUCGAUAUGAUAAGGAUACCAGAAGAGUAGUGAUACUUACUUGUAGGUAUUUAUUUCCACUGCAAGUAGCUUCGCCAGAUAGUUCAACCAGCUGCAACAAAAGCGAAUGAAAAUAUAUAGAAAUUGAUAUUGAAAAGAUAAAAAUAAGAAUGGAUUAAAGUUUUCAACUUUGAGCUUUCAGUGUAAAAAUUGUUAGUUUCAAUGUUAUCAAAAACAAAAAAAUAUUUUAAUGUGGACAAAAUUUACAAAAAUUUAAACUCUUGUUUACAAAUACUCGACUGAAGGUUGUUGUAUUGACUAAAAAUAUUGUAAGCAAAUCAAAUACAAAAAUAAUAUGAUAAGAACAUACUAGAACUGCAGAAAAUGUAAUAUAUUUAAAUAUAACAAAGAGUUGGCACUCUAAGGUUAACAGUGGUUUAAAUUUUAACAAAGGCUUAAUGCUGUUUUUUGAAUUGAAUCUGAACCUAACCUAACCAAGUUUAAAAGUUUUUAAGCUAUCAUUAAUUUAAACCCUCGAAAUUGGGGAAUUAAACUUAAUCAUUAAUCUUUAGUUUCUAAUCUAAAAUUCAGGUAAUUAUGUGUUGAAAAACACAACAAAAACAAUAAUUAUCGCUAUAGGUAUUACACAAUAUUAUUGUCUCUGCUCUCAUAAGUAAUAAGACAUUCUUUUGGUUAACCGUGUUAAAAGAAGUCAAAAAAAGGGCAGCAGUGAAAGCGACAGAAGACAUAUAUGAAUAUAAUCUUGAUUUUAGAUAUGGAAUUUCCCAGGAGUGUAUAAUAGAACGGACAAUUUUACAAAAAUGGAUAAUUUUAUCUUGUCAUAACGUUCAGACCUCAAAAGCCAACAGUUAUUAACAUUUUGGUGCAAGUUGAGGAUAAUCUCUAGUUUCCUAAUGACUUGCAAGUUUGUAUUGGAUAUAUGUAUCGUCAAAAAUAUGUAUUCUCUCUUAUUCUUGGUUUAUGUGGCAAAAAAAUAAAAAAAGUAUGUAGCAAAAUAAAAUCAUUAAAAAUUAAUGCAAAAUACAUCGUUCUCUAAAAAAGUAUAAACUAGGCUAAAUAUUGCAAUAGCUUUUGUCCAUUUUCAAUAUUAAUUUUUCAUUAAUUUUAUUAAUCAAUGAUAAGAGCAUCUUUAGUAGCAAUUUACUCUAGUAAUAUCAAUAAUUAGCUGUAAUAUAAUAAAGAAUAAAUUAUUUUCUAAAAAUCUGAACAAACCACUACUAGAAAUAUAAUAAUUCUUAGCAAUUAAAAAUAGAUGUAGUUAAAAAAUCUAUUUCCUUUUUUUGAAAAUAUCACUUAUAAAAAUCAAUAAUAAAUUCAGGCACUCCAUAAAUUGUACUAAUUUAACAUUUAACAGAGGAACACUCUUAUCCCACCACAAUAAAUAUUUUUUGAAGUAUAUGCUGAGUUGCCUAACUUGCUGGAUGGAAUGAUUUGUUAUUCUAUAGGAAAGAUUUUUAAAAGACAUAUACCUUAAUCUAUUCUGGUUGGCUAUAUUUAUAUAGACAGAUUGGGUAAAUUUCAUGAGUAUGUUAUAAUUUUUGAUUGGUUUGUUGAUUCCUUAAUCCGGAAGGACAAUCUGUAGCGUUGCCAUAUUGUAAUAGUUAUUAUACAUACAAGGAAUCAAUGAAUUGACAUUAUAGUUAACAUAUUUACUAAGUAAUAAUAUCAAAAAACAAUUAGUUUUAUAUGGAUUUGACUCUCAAAACCAAAAUUUCAGAUUGCUUGAAAAACCAUUAUUUAACUUUUUGUUGAAUAAAUUUUCUUUGUACUGAAAGUAGUGGUGGAUAAUUAAUAUUUUAUCCAAUCUGGGACUUUGUUUUUUGAUGAUAUUAGUCAUGUUAAUGCAUAUUAUAAGUUACCUGUUACUAUUUUAAAAAUCUUAUUGUUAAGUUCGGUCAGUAUUUUAAUUGUUUCUCACCUUUUUCCAAAAAUUUUUUAGUUCUCCGUCUAGUCUGGAUUUUUUGACGAAUAUACAUCUUCAUAUAGCACGAUAUCUAAUCAUUUUUUUCUAUAUGGGAACUAUGGAAUAUAGUUUAUAUACGAGGUAUGCACAAUAAGAAAAAGUAAUUCAAAAUUAUAAUUCUUUAAAUCGUAGAUAUUUUGAUCUCCAUAUUUUCUUUAUCAUAAUCUAAAUGCCUAACAUACAAUUAUAAACAAGUGUCCAGAUUAGUAUAACAAACAAACAGAGCAAUAAGCAGGACAUUGAAAAUAUACUCAUUUUAUUAUAAGUUUGAGUAAUCUUGAAUAUUUUAUCAUUAACUAUCUUAUUAGAGACUUAUUAAAUGAUUAGUUGCCCACAAAUGACAAGAAUUUCUCCUAUACUUUCAUUCAUUCACAAUACAAACAGGAUUUGAUACCCUUCUAUUCUGAAAUCAGAAAUAUUCCCAAUCCUCAGUAUUGCAUCAAAUGUAUAUUCAUAUUUAGCUUUCAAUUGAUAGCAAUAUGGAAUGGGGUUAAUGAGUACGGCCGUACUCUAACACGAAAAUAUGUUUGUUAUAAAAUUUAAUGCUUAAUGUUUUGCUAUAACAAUGAUAUCUCAAUAAUUUUGUUAUUUCUCAAUUUGAAACAAAACUAGAAUGAAAAAUCUGAUUCUGACAAGAUUAAAGUCAAACAUUAUUUCUUAAGAAUAAUCUCUAUGUACAUUAAACUAUAUUUUUGAAUUCCCAAUUUUUAAAUUCGAUUUAAUAUAUGAUUGUACAUAUUACUUUAAGUUGUAGUUUUGUGUGAUGUGACGUAUUUAUAUUUUACUAUAUAAUAUACAUACUGUACUACCAGAAUGCCUAACCAAGUUCCCUAUAAUUUCAUUACAUAAUUCUUAUUUAAAAAAUAUACACUUUAAAGAUGCUAUUAACUUCAAAACAUGAAAAAUUUUUGUAUUAAAUUAUUAAAAGUGGUACUUAUUUUGGAACAAAUGUCUUUAAGUUUAUCGUCAGGAAGUUAUUUAAUACUUAACUCUUUUAUGUGUUUUAACCAUAAUACAGACAGCUCUUCAUCAGUGAACAGGUUUCUUGAUUAAGUUUGAUUACUUAUUAGAAUAUUACUUAUUAUUACUUACUAUAGAAGGCACAAAACUCCAUAUAUGUAGUAUAGUAUGGGAAAAAACGUUCCUAUGUCAUGACGCCGACAAUAUUCAUUUUCUCUCUCGUUCGAGACACUUUACUUAUACUGCGCAUGCUUGAGAAUGCGCAGAACCGAGCUGGAGUCUUGGAAGAUAGAGAAAUCAUUGCCAUUCUGUCUUCCUUAGUCGGAACAGCUUCCACUUACAGAAAAUGUUCAUAUAGAAGUAUUACAUAUAUGCAAAACUGCUCACUUUUACCUCAGCAACAGAUGCAGAGCUGGUUUCUGUGUAGUAAUAAACAGGUUAUUUCAAACAUGAAAAUUAUUUUUGUUAAGAUUCGCAGUAUCUUUCAGGUGUAGGUACUUAUCUUGAACUGACUUGGGGAACUGUUCAAAUGCCUUACACUCAAAUGUUUUGGACAAAAAUUAUUAAUAACUAUUUAUCAAUAAACUAUAAAAAUAUAUUUUAAUUUCCCUUAUUAUAUUCCAGCCUUAAUUGUUUAAUAAAUAAAAACAUGCUCCUAUUAUUAAUCAAGGAUGUAAUAAAAUAUAGAUUAUUAGUUUUUUGAUGAAUAUGAAUAAUAUUGUCUAUUUCGGAUUCAAAAAUUUGGCAAAUAGAAGAAUUUGAACGUUGAUUUAUACGAUAAAGUCUUAUUAGAACGUAUUUAAUGUUAGUAAUGAUUUAUUUAUAUGUAAUGGAAGUAUAAAUAGUUUUUAAUAUUUUUACAAUUGCUGAUCACUGUUUACGUGGUCGAAAAUUAAAAGGGUAGGUAAGAAAUACUGAGAAUAUUUUGUUACUUAAUUUUAGUGUUACAAAUGAAGAUAUAUACUUCUAAAAGUUAAUUUAUAGUAUGAAUGUAUCUUUGAGACAAAUUGUUCAACCAGUCUAUCUAGUUUUAGUACACAAUAUCAAAAAAGGGGUUGAUCGAUUUGAAUGGCUCCUUAUAAUUCCACUCAUUGUUAAUUAUUUUGUCAAAUUUUUGAAAGAAUUAAUGGAUUAAAACUAUUAUCAUACUAAAACAUCUUAAAGCGAAUUAAUAUCUAUUAAAACAAUUGUUGCUUACUGUACCAAAAUACAAUUUCAUCAAUACUGUCUUUUAAAUACUAGUAGGGAAUUUUAGGAAGAUUAUUCAUUGUUUAAAAAUAUGUUUAUAGUCUGAUCAGGAGGCAUAUCGCUAUUUUGACUAAAUUUACUGUAUUAUGAGGAAAUAUUUUUGAAAUUGUACUUAUCCUUUGUAUAUGAAUGUAUAGAAAAAAUAUUUAAAU